AUGAUCCUUCUCUCGCUCGGACUCGGACUAAUCGCACCCCUUCUUCCUGGUCUGGCGUCCCAUCAGGACGAUAUCGCACAGUCUUUACCUUUCCUCAAGGAUUCAGCCCCUGAUUUGAAAACCGUUCCUUUCAUCUCGACCAGGUCUGCUCCCCUCAUCGCUGGCCAAUGUGCUCUGGCUAUUUUGAGCGCUGCGAUUCUUGCUAUUCACCCAAGCGCUGAUGGAGUCAAGGACUCGCGUUGGAGACGCUUCGCCAACAAGCUCAAGAUGGCUGUUAACUUCCUUCUCUUCCCGGAAUUCCUCAUGUGGCAGGCGAUUCGCCAGCAAGCUGGUGCCUCUGAGCUCCUUAAAACAUUUGACCCAUCCCUUAAGUGGUCCAAAGCUCACGCUCAUCUCAUUCAGAUGGGAGGCAUGGUUCUUCACGAGGUCGACUUCAAGUUCCAAUUCGGUCGCAACCCUACUCCCGUCAAGAUCCUCUCUUACCAGGAGCUUUCUGACCUCGUUCAGAAGGGCGAAGCCAAGUGGCCAGCCAUCCUCGAGAAGGACCUCGCGAAAUUGAGCGCCAAACAUCCCUUCCUCACUGCUUUCGCCAUCUUCCAAUCCGCCUUCGUCCUCGCUCGAACCUUCAUCCGCGCCUCUCACGGACUUCCCAUCUCCCACCUCGAAGUCAUCUCCUCUUUCUAUAUCCUUGCUGGUUGGUCGCUUUCCGCCUUGUGCUGGGACAAGCCUUAUUCCAUCGACGGUUCCAUUCCCAUCCACCGCAAAAUCACCGAGACGAACGCCGCAGACGCUGUUCCCUACACCCUCCCCAUCCGAAACCGAAACGAGAAGCAAAACAAAACCGAUUCGCGCAAGUCAAACGACUCCUCUGCACCCUCCCUCCCUACCUUCUCUUCUCCUCAUGAUCAAGAAAGGAAAAUCGUCGAAAUCGAAGAGCCCCGCUUCCAACUCCGGAAUUCGCAUCUGGAGAAGGGUAUCAUGUUGGCACUCGAUUCCGCUUGGUGGAUCUUCUCCGACGCAGCUGGAAUGAUGGACCCUGAUUGUGUCAAGACCAUCCACGAAACCGAGGACAUGUACCCCUCCCUCGAGUAUGACGACGUCGACACCGAAAAGUUCACAUCCGAACUCGCUCUCCGCCCUAACCGCCUCUACGCCUACCAGCCCGAGAAGACGGACAUCCAAACCGCCGCUUCGACGUCGAACCCGGUUAAGCAGGCUGGUUACUCUGCGCUCGCGCCCAUGGUGGGGCUCGUCUCUGCUUUUGCGGCUCUCUGCAAUGUUGCGGCUUGGGCUCCGUCGUCGGGACUUGAGUUUGCUGGGUUGACGGAGAAGGUGAUGUGGAGUGGGUCGGCGUCUGUAGCUGCGCUCUCGCUCUUUACAUCUCUUGCUGCUGCGUACUCUAUUCCGGAGAAGGACGGCUUCGUUUCGUUGGGUUUCUCGUAUCCUAUUAUCGCGUUCUCCCUUCUUGUGCACAUGGUUUCGAGGUCGUUUGUGUUGUUGUCUUCUGUUGCUAUGGUUCGGGACGUGGUCACUACAGCAUUACCUACAUCUAUGGGCUCGACGAUCGUUGCGUAG